AAAAUGGCGGCCGCGACGACACUCGAUCGAGCAAACGAGAUCCUCGACGACGAAGCUCUUGCAGAAGAGAAACUUCUUGAAGAGUUAGAGAAUGAGGAAAUCCCUGCACAUUUACGAGAAGCCCGACUGCAGAGUCUUAAGAGUGAGGCUGAACAAUUUAAACUAAUGAAAGAAAAAAGUCAUGGCAUGUACACAGAGAUUAUGGAGGAAAAACAGUUUUUGGACAUGACAACAAGUGAAGAUAGAUGUGUUGUUCAUUUCUUCCAUGCUGACUUUAGACGAUGUGCAAUAAUGGAUACACAUUUAGAGAAAUUAUCAAAGAUAUAUUUCGAAACAAAGUUUGCAAAAAUAAAUGUAGACAAUGCAAAAUUCUUUGUGGAAAAACUAAAAAUCCGGAUGUUGCCAGCCCUCAUAUGUUUUAACAAAGGCAUUGUUUGUGACAGAGUGAUUGGGUUUGAAGACCUUGGAAACACUGACAGCUUCCAGACAAUUGUGCUAGAGAAAAGGCUAGGAAAAUCAGGAGUGAUUGACAUUCCAGAGGAGUUCAACACAAAGAAGACAAUUUUUGGCCAUCGAAAAAUAAACAGGAAUGAUGACAGUAGUGACGAUGAUGAUUAGCUAUUUAAAUUAAAGAAAGAAAUUUUAGAA